AUGUCAUCAAUUUCUUCUUCUUCCCCACUUUAUCACAAUUCUCUUUCCUUUCUCAUUUAUCUCGUUCUACAUUUUACUUUUCCACCAUAUUUAUCUUCACUUCAUUUUCCGAAUCUACCGUUUUCAUUUUCUCGGCUGCCUGUCAUAUUUUCUACACCUCUCCGUUAUGUUUCUUCAUUUACUUCGUUCUCACCUCAGUUUCACUUUUCUAUAACAAAUCUUUUAUAUAAUGUUUUCUUUCUGAUUCAAUUCCAUUUCUCUUUUACCCUUUCUUUCUUUCUUUCUUUCUUUCUUUCUUUCUUUCUUUCUUUCUUUUUUCCAAUCAUUUUCUUUCUUUUUUUAGAUCACCCCAGACAGCUCUCCUCCCUUUUUAGCUUUUGCAUUUUAUUCUUCUCUCUGUCAUUAUUCAUCACUUCUCUAUUCUAUUUCCUCAUUGUUUCUUUUUAUAUGUUCUUAGUCUCUUCUCUUCUCCCUUCAUCUCAUUGUCUUCUUCAUAGUAUUUUCACUUCUCUUCUCCCACUCCAUCAUUUUCCUCUAUUCUUUCUUUCUUUUUUUCUUUCUUUCUUUCUUUCUUUCUUUCUUUCUUUCUUUCUUUCAAUGACUUGCUUCUUCGUUUUCUUCUCUCAUUGUUGCUAUCUUUUUCUAUAUAUUAAAAUUAAUCGCUCGUUUUUCCCGUUUUCUUUUACCUUCUUGUUCUUUUUUACUUUAAUUAUUUUUUCUUUCUUUACUUCUCUCAUUUGUUUCCUUUGUUCUCUUUAUUUCAAACAUCUUUAA